GAGAGAGAGAGAGAGAGAGAGAGAGAGAGAGAGAGAGAGAGAGAGAGGAGAGAGAGGAAUGAGAGAGAGAGAGAGAGAGAGAGAGAGAGAGAGAGAGAGAGAGAGAGAGAGAGAGAGAGAGAGAGAAUUCCCUAA